AUGAGCGGACAAAUCGAGAAGCAACACCCACACCAAUCGAAAAUUGAUAUGCCGAUCCCGGAAAGCAAGUACGCCACCGGCCAAUACCUCUGCAAUUCGCCGGCCAAUCUCAGCUAUUUGCACAACGAAUCAGCAAAUGCAUCUUUGACUGGAUGUGCUCCAACGUAUUCGCCAUGGAAUCGCUUCUCCAACUAUUACGAUUCGCCGCAAGUCACUGGAAAGCCUCCACGUACGUCUACUCCUCGCCGCGAACAGGAUGGAGUGCAUCUUCGUCUGGUCGAUCUCAACCUUCAUGACGAUUCAUACGCUUCAUCUGCAGCGGUUUCCAACGUCACCACCUUCUCCAACAUUUUCAAUCGCACGGGUAUCAAGAGCAGCCUGCCGCAAUGGGCUCUCGACGGUCAAGGCAACGUCGCUCCACAUGUGACACUCGCCGAUGUUCUCAGCAACGAUUCGCUUAUCGAGUUUGCGUCGGACAAGAAUGGAUGCCGGUUCUUGCAAGAGCAAUAUCCAGCCGAGUCUGAUGGCGGAAUUCACGAUGAGAUCUUCAAUAAGAUGGUCGAGAACUCGGACACAUUCUUGAUGAUGUGCCGCAACAUGUUCGGCAACUUUUUUGUCCAGCGUAUUGUCGAAUGCUCGCGAGCCAAAGAACAAGAGAUUGUCAUGUCGCAUCUGCGCAAAGACAUUUAUUCGUUGUGCUUGGACAAGAGCGCUUGCCGCGUCAUUCAACUCGCUAUUCAAAAAUUGGACAUUGAUUUGGCUUCGCAACUUUCCCUUCAACUUCGCGGUCAAGACCUUGUUCGCUUAAGCAUUGAUCAGAAUGGAAAUCACGUUGUACAGAAGAUAAUUAAGACGCUUCCUGUCGCCGCGUGGGAGUAUGUUAUUGACUUCUUCAAGAACGACGACAAUCUUAUAGCUGUCUGCCAAGACAAGUACGGAUGUCGUGUAAUCCAAUCGACUAUCGAGAAGCUAUCGGACAAUCCGACGUCGCCGUGCUACAAACAACGCGCAGCGCUUUUGCAGUCGAUGAUGAGCGGAAUCUCUCGCAAUUGCGCUCAACUCGCCUCGAAUGAAUUUGCCAACUACGUCAUUCAGCACGUCAUCAAAUCUGGCGGCAUCAUGGAAAUCUACCGUGAUUCGAUCAUUGAGAAGUGCCUACUCCGCAAUCUUUUGUCGAUGUCGCAGGAGAAAUAUGCGUCUCACGUUGUCGAGGUUGCUUUCCUCUUCGCGCCUCAUCAUUUGCUCUAUGAGAUGAUGGAGGAAAUUUUUGAAGGUUACGUUCCUCACCCAGAGACAAAUCGCGACGCGUUGGACAUUUUGCUUUUCCAUCAAUAUGGCAAUUACAUCAUCCAACAAAUGAUCCACAUUUGUCGUUCGGCGAUCACUGGUCAAAAAGAGUUGCGUUCUGAGCAUGCCGAUAUUUCUCUCUAUGAAGGAUGGCUCGAACGCAUCAAGGAGCGUGUGUUCAAAAAUUCUGCUAGACUUGAGAGAUUCUCAUCUGGUAAAAAGAUCAUUGAGGCUUUGAAUCGGACUCAUGAGUCGAAAUUUUAUGAAGGAGCGGCUCGUGAUUAA